AUGCUCUCCCAGUCGGCCACCACGAAACUCCCCAGCUUCCAUUUCCCCCAGACCCCACCUAUAUCCUUCUUGCCCCGGCAUCCGGACUACCGGGCUGGCGACGUCAGUCCUGGGAAGCUUGAGAACCCGAACUUGUGCAGGGAAGGUAUCAACCGCAGAGGGGAGGUAUCACCUCACGUGUCCAUGGCCCCCCUACAUAGCGCUGGGCCCCAACUCGAAAGCAGCUUCACUCGUUUGUGGUUCGUCUUUCCCCCCAUCUUCCCGUUGUGGCUGUGGUCGUGGCUGCCGGGCUUCAACCACUCUCGCAGCUUCGAGCCAGGCCGUAAGCGAGGGACACACCCAGAUGCCCAUACGCGGGAGGCCGGGAGACAGCGGGAGGGGAAAGCGGGGGGACUCCCCCACACCUAA